GCAGGCUGCGGUUCGGAGCGCCUUGCUCGCCCUCGCCAUGUCCCCGGGGCUCCCCGACCCCGCGCUGGCUCUGGGGCUCCUGGCGCUGCUGCUGCCCGGGACUCGCGGUGACUGUGGGCCCCUGCCAAAGCUGAAUCAUGCUAUCCCCUCUGAUAUGGAUCGGGCAGAGGGCUUCCCUGUUGACACACAAGUUACAUACAGGUGCCGUGAUGGCUUUGUUAAAAUCCCUGGAAAGUCAGACACUGUAGUGUGCCUUUCAAACUCACAAUGGUCCAACAUCAACGAGUUUUGUGGUCGUAGCUGUGGUGCCCCAACAAGGUUAAAGUUUGCUGCCUUAAGUAAGGAAGAUGAGAGCAAGAAUUACCAUCCUGUUGGGGGCACUGUGAGAUAUACUUGUCGCCCAGGGUAUGAGAACAUCACGAAAAUGCUUCUUGUUCGUACUUGUCUUGAAAACUUAACAUGGUCAGAAGCCCCUGAGUUUUGUAGAAGGAAAUCAUGUGGUCAUCCAGGAGAACUACUCCAUGGCAGAGCUGUUCAUAUAACAGAAUUUCUAUAUGGUGCAAAAAUAGACUUCCUCUGUGAAGAUGGGUACAAACUGAUUGGGCGGCCUUUCAUUCAAUGUAGGCUUAAGGGAGAUGAAGUUGAAUGGAGUCAACUUCCAACUUGCCAAGUGAUUACUUGUCCUUCCCCUCCUUACAUUGCCAAUGGGACAUACGAUGGCAGGGGUGUAGAAAAUUUUGCUUAUAACUCAACAGUAACUUACCGCUGUGACCCUGGGUUCCGGCUUAUUGGAGCUGCCUCCAUUCAUUGUACAACAAAAGAUAAAACAAGUGGAAUCUGGAGUGGACCUGCUCCUGAAUGCAAAGACACAACUGCACAUGUCCUAUUAAAAGGAAAUAAAACAAGUGAUACUUUCUCAGGUUCUAAUAAGGCAUCCAAUAACACGGUACUUGAGCAACAUAAGAAAAAGAGAAUAAAAAGACCGUAUUAUGUAUCACAAUUCCAAAACAAACGUUUCACCAUCACUUCCUCCCGGUCUUCCUCAUUUCCCAGAGGUGACCUGAGGACACGAGGUAGUUGGAUUACUCCACCACUGUUCAGAUUUGCUGUACCACUGUACAUUAAUCAGAACUAUUGUUCUGUCAGAACCAAGGAAAGAUCUAUUUGCCGCCAGAGUUACAUGGGAAUCUCUGGAGUAUUACCCAGCGCCACGUGCUUUCAAAACUUAAAAUGGUCAGAAGUCCCAGGGUUCUGUGGAACGAGAUCUUUGCUAUCCAGGAGAACAAGAGCAUGGCAGAGCUGCUGCUAUAACCGUUUUCCAAUUCGGUGCAAGAGUGGCUUUCACCCGUGAAGAAGGGAGAGUAUCAGACUGUGGAGAAUGACUUAGAGCUGCUGGCUGACUCUGGAAACUGAGCAUCAGAGGGAGCUCCUGAAGGCAACAACCAAGUUGGGUCCUUUUCUGCUAGGUGCUGUAUAAACACUGGGUAAAUGACAGUCCAUGCCCUGAAAAGAUGCAUCUGACCCAUUAUUCACAUACGUACAAACUUUUGAUUUGUGAAUGACAAUACUCCAAUGUUACCUAUUUAAUGCUUAUUUGCAGUGCAUGCUGCACCUCCACCUUGAAGUUGAAAUGGGCUUAGUCUUCUUCUGGUAAACUGGACAGUACAGCUUGGUAGAGGGGAGCCUAGACACGUGUGAGAGAUCCCUGAAGAUUGCAGAAGAACUAUGCAAACAGAUAUUCUGAUGCUCCCAUGACAUUUUUACAAAGGACUUGUCGCAUCCGAACACCUUUCUCUUCAUGUCUGAAACAUGAAAGAGCCCUGAAAAACCUGCCUGCCUUCAAUGUUAGAUAAUCUCGGAGCAGCUCAGUUGCCUCAUCCGUGCUGUACUCUUACUGCUAAUUUCCAAAUAUAAUAUUUGGUAUAAACUAAGGUAUUACGUGCUGCUUCCAUAUGUAUGGCUUGUUCCUGGGAUCUGUUAACUGAUAUUCAUGAGUUUUCUAUUUCAGUUGACUUUAAUUUCUUCUCUCUAUAUUGAGACUAGCCAUUAUUUUGGUAAGCAAAUAAAAACAUUUUUUAAGCUUUCAGUUUUUUUAAUAUUUCACUUUCUCAAUCUCAAACCAAUAUUGCCUUCUUUGUAGAAAGCCACUGUAAGAUACUUGAAUUUCUGUGGGGCUGAAGUAGUUAUUUGCCUAUAAUGCCAUUGUCACGUUGUGCAGUCCAUACGUUUUAUAAAAAUAUAAGUGAAUGUAAUGUAACUGGGAUAUGCUUCAUGCAAAAGGUCUCUUGUAAGGUAUCAUUACAAAGCUCAUAAUCUACUGAGGGUGAUCAUCCUAUUUGUAGAAAUGUACCACUCUUGUAUCUAAAACUAGAAAUAUAAAAUAUUACUCUGAGGGCCUAUUGUAAUUUAUGUAAAGUGUGGGCCAUUAAGGAUAGUUUGGAAUCUUGAUGACUCCUAUUGUCUGCAGAUGGCUGGGUUUACCUGUGAGUCUUCCUGUACAUGUGUGUGCUGGCAAGUGAGUAAUGAAGUCUUGGAAUCCAUCUUUAACUUCUGUUAGUCUCAAAGGUGCCACAGGACCCUCUGUUGAUCUUUAACCUGGUGCUUUUCCGGGGGGGGGCGGGAGAGUGGAAACCCAGAGGGACAAAGGGUUCCAGCCUUAUGCAAAAGACCUAUAAAGGGGUGGAAGAGAACAAGCGGGGAGGAGCCAUCAUGAAGAAUCCCCUAGCUAUCACCUGAGCUGGAACAAGAGCUGUACCAGGGGAAAGAAUUGUGCCCAGGCCUGGAAGGUGUCCAGUCUGAGAAAAAGCUUACUGAAGUAUCUCUGAGGGUGAGAUUAUCUGUAUUCAGUUUGAUUAGACAUAGAUUUGCGCAUUUUAUUUUAUUUUUCUUGGUGACUUAUUUUGUUCUGUCUGUUACUACUUUGAACCACUUAAAUCCUACUGUCUGUAUUUAAUAAAAUCACUUUUUAUUUAGU